AUGGCUACGACAUCGAAAGAUACCUCUAAUUCUAACCCUAGUCUAAAGGAAGAAUUUGUAUUUAAAUGUGAUCAUUUGUUACAAUUUUGCGAAAAGUUUAAUACGAUUCGUGUCGAAGAUCAAACUGAAUCAGUUCUCGAGGUCAAGUUAAAGGACUUGGAAUCGAGAUGGGGCAAUUUAGAUUAUUCAUAUCAAAAAGUAAUGACAGCAUCUGAAGAGUCUAUAGACCCAGAGUUCAAAGAAAUUGCCAAAACAAAUUUUGAUGCGUGCACUGAAGCAUACUAUCACUGCAAUUCGCAAAUAACCGACUUAGUGAAGACUUUUAGAGUCGACACUUCGAAUAUGCAAGGCUUCAAUACAUCAGCUAGAUUUUCCAUACCCCAGCAAGCUUCCACUCAAAAUUUUAUGCCUGACACCUCAUGUAUUAAACUUCCUCCUUGUGACACCGAAAUUUUCAAAGGUAGUUAUGAACAAUGGCCAUCAUUUCGUGACAUGUUUACGGCCGUGUACAUAAACCAUCCAAAAUUAACGCCAGUCACUAAACUAUAUCACCUCAGGAAUAAAACGAGAAGUGAAGCUAGCGCAAUAGUGAAAAGAUAUCCCCUUUCAAAUGAUAAUUUCGAUCUAGCGUGGAAUGCACUAAAAACACGCUAUGAAAACAAAAGAGUUUUGGUUGACAGCCAAAUAAAAAUCCUAUUUGACAUACCCUCGGCAAAAAAUGAGGAUAGUGAGUCAAUAAGGAGAAUUCAAUCAUCCGUAAAUGAUUCUCUAGCUACUCUCAGAACGCUUGGCGUCAACGUAGAAAGCUGGGAUCCUAUUCUCAUACGUUUGAUUUCAACCAAACUCCCAAAUGUUACACUUUCGCUAUGGGAACAAUCGCUAACUUCUCCACGUGAGCUUCCAAAGUGGAACCAAAUGUCCCAAUUCCUCGUGGACAGAUAUGAAGCUGUGGAACGUCUCAACAGCAUAAAAACAACUAAAGAUUGUUUUACUCUAUCUGAUACAACCAGAUCCGAUAUACAAACAUACACGUCUCAAGAAAAUUUAAACUUGUCGUGCAAGUUAUGCAAAGAAAAUCACUCUUUGAGAAUAUGCCCAAAAUUUCGAGCCUUCACGGUACAGCAAAGAAUAGAUUACGUAUUUAAAAAUAAAUUCUGCAAUAAUUGUCUAGCAUAUUCUCAUCUUAAAUCUAACUGUAAAAGUAAACUCACUUGCCUGCAAUGUAAAAAACCUCAUCAUACACUAUUGCAUUUGAGGCAAAAAUUACAAAAUUCCACUCUAUCAGCAGAAAACUCACAAUAUAAAGACUCCGCAAAUAGUAACAACAAGCAAAAUCAAGAUUCUUCCACAAAUACUCAAAUUUCAAGAAUAAACCCCCAAGAUGAAAUUCCUAGCACCUCAAGGCAAUUUCAAGCCAACUGCUCUACAAGCAAUGAAAAUAUAUUGCUGCGAACUGCAUUAAUGCAAAUAGAGCACAGAGGUGAACAUUUUACAAUUAGAGCGCUAAUUGAUCCCGGUUCUCAACGAACUUUUCUAACAGAACGAAUUCGUAAUCGUCUUCAGCUACCCUAUGAAAAAUCUCAUUUCGAAAUAAUCGGUAUUGGCGGACAAAAGCAAUCGGCAAACAAAGAAUGCGAAUUUGUUUUGUACGCCAAAAAGUAUGAUUUACGACUUCCCAUUAAAGCCAUAGUGCUACCAAAAGUAACAAAAAGACUUCCAGCGCACACUUUUGAAAUACCUUAUUCAACCGAUUUAAAUGAAUUAGAUCUAGCCGAUCCAACGUUUAACAAAUCUUCGCAAAUAGAUCUAAUUUUAGGUAAUGAUUAUGAACACUCUAUAAAUAUUGAAGGUAUUAAGAAAAAUGUUUGUGGUCAAACCUCGGCCUAUAAUACUGUCUUUGGUUGGGUACUCAGUGGUCCCAUAAAAGCGCAAUCAAUACAGACAUUCACAACUACUGUUGCUCCGAAUGAAACUUCUGAGCUAAAUACUCUGUUAAGAAAGUUUUGGGAACAGGAAGAAAUUCCAGUAGCUCGCUCAAAGUCAGCAGAAGAUGAGUUUUGUGAAAGUUUUUACACCAAAACAACAACACGUAACGAAAAUGCCCUAGCUCAGUACACGAGCAUGGAGAAAACACUAGCCAAAGAUCCCAACCUUCAAUCACAAUAUAAGGCUGUUAUAAAGGAGUACAUCACUCUAGGUCAUAUGGACGAAACGUCAUCUAAUGAAAUUAACUCCAACG